GUCAGUUGAUGUCAGCUGAAUGCCAGUCUCUUCAGAAAAGCUCAGUUCCCAGUUUGAGUUAGAGUAGGGACCAUGCUGUCCCAGGUUCAAGGAUAAAAACCAUCAGGCCCAAGUGCCAUCCAUAGUCCAUCUCCAGAGUCUUCCUCCACAAACUGGGAUUCAUCCCCGCUGAAAAGCACAAUUUAACAGGAAGGGAACAAAAAAACCAUGCUAUCACAUAAUACUAUGGUGAAGCAGAGGAAACAGCAAGCAACAGCCAUCAUGAAGGAAGUCCAUGGAAAUGAUGUUGAUGGCAUGGACCUUGGCAAAAAGGUCAGCAUCCCCAGAGAUAUCAUGUUGGAAGAAUUAUCCCAUCUUAGUAACCGUGGUGCCAGGCUAUUUAAGAUGCGUCAAAGAAGAUCCGACAAAUACACAUUUGAAAAUUUCCAGUAUGAAACUAAAGCACAAAUAAAUCACAGUAUUGCUAUGCAGAAUGAGAAACUGGAUGGAAGCAACUUGGAAGGUGGUUCACAGCAAGCCCCCUUGACUCCUCCCAACACCCCAGAUCCACGAAGCCCUCCAAAUCCAGACAACAUUGCACCAGGAUAUUCUGGACCACUGAAGGAAAUUCCUCCUGAAAAAUUCAACACCACAGCUGUCCCUAAGUACUAUCAGUCUCCCUGGGAGCAGGCCAUUAGCAAUGAUCCGGAGCUUUUAGAGGCUUUAUAUCCUAAACUUUUCAAGCCUGAAGGAAAGGCAGAACUGCCUGAUUACAGGAGCUUUAACAGAGUUGCCACCCCAUUUGGAGGUUUUGAAAAAGCAUCAAAAAUGGUUAAAUUUAAAGUUCCAGAUUUUGAGCUACUAUUGCUAACAGAUCCCAGGUUUAUGUCCUUUGCCAAUCCCCUUUCUGGCAGACGGUCCUUUAAUAGGACUCCGAAGGGAUGGAUAUCUGAGAAUAUUCCUAUAGUAAUAACAACUGAACCUACAGAUGAUACCACCGUACCAGAAUCAGAAGACCUAUGAAAAGAAAGUUAUAUGUGCCACAUAAAACUCUGAAUAUAAAAGUUUCUGUUUUAUUAUUCUAAUUACUGAAAAGGCAAUUGCAUUUUUCAUUAGUAGCAACAAUAGCAAUUUAGCAAUUCUCCUUUUAUGACAUUCAAUUUCAAUCUGAGAUCAAAUAUUAAUAAACAAUUAGAUAUCUUACUUUAAAA